AUGAAGGACCUGGGGAGAUUGGAAUACUUUUUUGGUAUUGAAGUGGCACGCAAUCCAGAUGAUAUUUUCUUGUGUCAACGUAAGUAUAUUUUGGAUAUUAUAUCUGAGGCUGGUCUGCUUGCGGCUAAACCAACCAAUACUCCUCUUGAACAAAAUCACAAGCUAGUUCUAGCUACAGGAGAUGACAUUGAAGAUCCAUCUCAAUUUAUGCAGCAUCCGAAGAAAGAGCAUUUAGAUGCAGUAAUGAGGGUUGUGCGUUAUCUGAAGCGUACUCCUGGUCAAGGUAUUCUGCUUAGAGCCAAUUGUGAUUUGAGAUUGUAUGCUUAUUGUGACUCAGAUUGGGCUGGUUGUCCAUUGACUCGACGUUCCUUGAGCGGAUAUUUUGUUCUCUUGAGAAAUUCACCUAUUUCUUGGAAAACGAAGAAGCAACACACAAUGUCUCGUUCAUCUGCCGAAGCUGAAUACUGCUCUAUGACCACUACGGCCUGGCUGAAGGGACUGUUGGCUUCAGUUGGUGUUAGUCAUUCUGAUCCUCUAUACGUUUGCAUUGUGACAACCAGUCAGCUUUGCACAUUGUUGCUAAUCCCGUUUAUCAUGAAAGAACGAAGCACAUUGAAGUGGAUUGUCAUUUCAUUCGCGAUGAGAUUCAAAAUGGAAAUAUUCAGACUGUCUUUGUGA